AUGGAGAACAAGAACAACAAAAAGAAAGUUGGAGGAGCUGGUUCUUCCUCAUCCCCUACCAAUUUUGAUCAUCUUUUUGGCCCCAAACAUCCUUCCACUACUUCAUCUUCUUCCAAUAGCAUCUUUAGCUCCAUUUUUCCACCACCAUCCACUGUUGGAAGGAGAGAUUCAACAAGGCACGACAUGAGAAGCAAUAAUUAUGGAGCAUCAGGAAGUUACUCAAACAAAGGUGAAAAUAGUGGUGGCAUCUCUAACAAGAAUAAUAAUACUAGCAGUGAUAACAGUUAUCAAACUGAGACAGUGGAGCCUAGUUACUACAGCUCAUCAAUCUAUUAUGGUGGUCAAGAAAAUUAUAAUUCUCCAAGAACCUGCAGGACCACUCAACCUCCCCAUAUUGUAACUCCCUUAUAUUCUCAUACGCUUUAUCAUAUGCUUUUGUUCGAUAUCAAGAAAAAUAAGGAUGAUGAUGAUGAUGAUGAUUCAAAUGGUAGUGAUUCUGGCAGUGCUUCGAGAGGAAACUGGUGGAAAGGUUCCCUUUAUUAUUAA